CACAGUGACUCGGAUUCGGAGCCGGAGUUUUCCUCCCUCUCGCCUUCCAUCCCGAGCGCCAUCCCUGUGACCGGAGAGUCCUACUGCAACUGCGAGAACCAGAGCGAAGCGCCCUACUGCUCCAGCCUGCACGCCCUCCACCGUGUCAAGGACUGCCAGUGCGGCGAGGAGGACGAGUAUUUCGACUGGGUGUGGGACAACCUGAAUAAGUAGACGGCCACCCUGCUGACCUGCGAGAACCGCAAGGCCCACAGGGGUUGCAGCUGCCGCACGGCGGCCAUCCGGGGGAACAAAGAGCUGGCAGACGGGCAGCACUUCUGGGAGAUCAAGAUGACCUCCCCGGUCUACGGCACAGACAUGAUGGUGGGAAUUGGGACGUCGGAUGUGAAUCUGGACAAGUACCGCCACACCUUCUGCAGCCUGCUGGGCAAAGACGAGGACAGCUGGGGACUCUCCUACACAGGGCUACUGCAUCACAAGGGAGACAAAACAAACUUCUCUUCGAGGUUCGGCCAAGGCUCCAUCAUCGGGGUGCAUUUGGACACGUGGCACGGGACACUCACAUUCUUCAAAAACCGCAAGUGCAUAGGGGUUGCAGCUACGAAGCUGCAGAACAAGAAGUUUUACCCCAUGGUGUGCUCGACAGCGGCCAAGAGCAGCAUGAAGGUAAUCCGCUCCUGCGCCAGCUGCACGUCCCUCCAGUACCUCUGCUGUUACCGCCUGCGCCAGCUCCUGCCCGACUAUGUAGACACGCUGGAGGUGCUGCCAUUGCCGCCGGGACUCAAGCAGGUGCUACACAACAAACUGGGGUGGGUCUUGAGCAUGAACUAUAGCACGUCAAAACCUUCCUCCUCCUCCUCGUCGGGAAGCCCCUGUGGCUCGGACGCAGAGGCCUGCCAAAGGAAGAGGUGCAGGAGGACAUAAUGUCUCUGCAGACGAACUGCUGUGAGGGAGUCGGGUGGGGUUUUGUUCCGCCAUCUGCGAGGGCCGGCCAGGCCUGAUGCACCUCUUUCUUCACGAGGACUUCCAUUUCUACUCAUUUGGAAAGAUUUCCUUACGCUGUUGGAAAUCUUUAGCCUGAACAUCCAUCACCUGCAUUGAAAAGAUCUGUAGACUUACAGAGGUCCCAGCUCUGU